AUGGAUGGGAUGGACAUUGACAGCGCCCCGAGCGGGACGAAGAGGAAGGCUGUGGAUGAGAUUGAGUCUCCAAAGCCAGCACGAAGGAUCAGGGCCCUCGAUCCCGAUGUUGUCAACAAGAUCGCUGCUGGAGAGAUCAUUGUUGCGCCGGUCCAUGCGCUCAAGGAACUCAUUGAGAACGCAGUGGAUGCAGGGUCGACGUCACUGGAGAUCCUCGUCAAAGACGGAGGUCUGAAGUUGCUUCAGAUUACGGACAACGGCGGCGGCAUCGAGAAAGACGACUUGGAAAUCUUGUGCGUGCGGCAUACGACGUCCAAAAUUUCCACGUUCGAAGACCUAUCGUCUAUUGCCACAUAUGGAUUCCGAGGCGAGGCGCUGGCAAGCAUCAGCCACAUCGCCCAUUUGACCGUCACUACAAAGACCAAAGAAUCAUCCGUCGCCUGGCGUGCGCAUUAUCUGGACGGAAAGUUAGCUCCUGCGAAGCCAGGACAGUCCGCGGAGCCCAAGGCCGUUGCCGGGCGGCAGGGAACUCAAAUCACAGUGGAAGAUCUCUUCUUCAAUGUGCCGACUCGUCGAAGGGCGUUCCGGUCUUACGCAGAUGAGUUCAACAAGAUCAUCGACAUGGCGGGACGCUAUGCGAUUCACUGCAGAGGCGUAGGCUUCACUUGCAAGAAGGCUGGUGAAGCUACCAAUACGCUCUCCAUACAAGCGCAAGCGACGGUAAUAGACCGCAUUCGACAGAUUCAUGGCAGCAAUGUUGCCAAUGAGCUGAUAGAGAUCUCGGCCUCAGAUGACCGGUGGGGGUUCUCUGCCCAUGGGUAUGUCACGAACGCCAACUACCACAUCAAAAAGACAACGCUGCUAUUGUUCAUCAAUCACCGCUGUGUUGAGUCGACAUCCAUGAAGAAGGCGCUCGAACAGACAUACUCCAGCUUCUUACCCAAGGGCGGCCACCCGUUCAUCUACCUCAGCCUCGAGAUUGAUCCGGCUCGAGUGGAUGUCAACGUUCACCCUACGAAGCGGGAAGUCCACUUCCUCAACGAAGAGGAGAUCCUGCAAGUCAUCUGUCAGAGCAUUGAGACCGAGCUUGCCAAAGUGGAUGCGAGUCGAACAUUCAUGACACAGACGCUGUUGCCGGGGGCCAAGCCAGUCGAGCCUCUGGAUGAAGAUGACAGCGACGCGGCCUACAAAUUUACCACGCCGGCCCUCAGAAAGGUGAGACGGAACUCGAAUGACCUCGUCCGGACAGACACAUCUCAGGGCAAAAUCACAGCCAUGUUUGCGCCGGCGGGCCCUUCCAAACCAGCAGGUUCUCCGGCCAAGGGGACCAUUGAAGAUGAAGCAUGGGCUGUUCCAGAGCCGGUGGAGUACACCACAAUAGACCGCGAUCAGGUGCAAUGCCGCCUCGGUAGCGUCAAGCAGCUGCGUCAAGAGGUCCGAGAUGAGAUUCACCACGAGCUGACGGAAAUCAUCGCCUCGCAUACAUUCGUCGGCAUUGUCGAUGAGGAGCGACGGCUUGCCGCCAUUCAAGGGGGCGUGAAAUUGUAUCUGAUUGACUACGGGCACGCUUGCUUCGAGUACUUCUACCAGCUUGGGCUGACUGACUUUGGCAAUUUCGGAACCAUCAAUUUCAACCCGCCGCUGGACCUCAGAGAGUUGCUGCAGUUAGGGGCCGAAGGUGAAAAGGAGGCCAUGGGCGUUUCUGGCGAGGAGCUUGAUGUCGAUGUCAUUGUCGAAAAGGUGGCGAAUCAACUUAUCGAACGCAGGGAGAUGCUCCUCGAAUACUUUUCGCUUGAGAUUACUCCUACGGGGGAGCUGAUCUCUAUCCCGCUCCUUGUAAAGGGAUACACGCCGUCUAUCGGAAAGUUGCCUCGGUUUCUCAUUCGUCUCGGACCCCAUGUCGACUGGAACGACGAAAAGUCGUGCUUUCAUACAUUCCUCACGGAAUUAGCGACGUUUUACGUACCUGAACCAUUGCCGACGUCUCCCUCUGGAAAGUUUGAAGAGGAGGAGGGUAGUUUAAAGGACGAGCAGAAAGAGGAGGAGGAGGAGGCUCUCGAGGAGCUGCGAGCGAGAAGGCAGCAUGUACGUUGGGCUGUGGAGCACAUCUUCUUCCCCACAUUCAAGUCGCGGCUGGUUGCUACAAAGAAGCUCAUGGAGGGCGCUGUGUUGGAGGUUGCGAGCUUGAAGGGAUUGUACAGGGUCUUUGAACGGUGUUGA